UGACAAAACACACACGUCACAAACGCUGGCACGCUCUCCAGACAACCUUUGAUCAUCUGUGCUCUGCGCACUAACCACACGUGAGAUACAGACACAAAUGUGCUAAACAUUAACAACAGAAAACAUUCGGGGCACUCCAUUUUAGCUACCACACUUCGUCUUGGCAAUCCGUGUUGGAAGAGGAAGAUGCCACGGACACGCUGUUUACUCCAGCUCCAACGGCAGCUGCACAGAAGUUAUUUGUGCGGGAGACCACUGACGAGAGGCUUUGCAGAGAGCAGUGAUGUAGGCUGGUUUCGGUCAUUUUUUGUACACAAAGUAGACUCCAGGAAAGACGCCCACUCCAAUCUCUUGUCCAAGAAAGAGACAAGCAGCCUCUACAAAAUCCAAUUUCACAAUGUAAAGCCAGAGUGCCUGGAUGCCUAUAAUAGUCUGGAGGCUGAGGUUCAGAACCAGCUUCACCAUGACGAGAGCUACCCUUGUGAGGUGAUCGGGAGCUGGAACACUUGGUACGGCGAGCAAGACCAGGCAGUGCACCUGUGGAGGUACUCGGGAGGAUACCCGGCUCUCACGGAAUGUUUGGAAAAGUUAAAGCAUAACAAGGAGUACACAGAGUUUCGGAAAGAGAGAAGCAAAAUGUUGGUGUCUCGCCGAAACCAGCUCCUGUUGGAGUUCAGCUUUUGGAAUGACCCGGUGCCCCGACCUGGUCCAAACAUUUAUGAGCUCCGCUCCUAUAACCUGAAGCCUGGGACGAUGCUGGAGUGGGGGAAUAACUGGGCCCGAGCGAUCUCCAGCCGCCAGGAGAACAACGAGGCUGUUGGAGGCUUCUUCACACAGAUCGGGGACCUGUACGUUGUGCAUCACCUGUGGGCAUACAAGGACCUACAGACCAGAGAGGAAACAAGGAAUGCGGCUUGGCUGAAGGAGGGAUGGGAGUCAGUCGUUUACUACACAGUACCUUUAAUCCGAAGUAUGGACUCCAGGAUCAUGAUCCCCAUGAAGUUCUCCCCUCUGCAGUAGACCAUUGAUUACCUCAGGAAUGAGCAGAUCACUCUUCACAGAUCAAUGGCUGAAUGUACGGUGGAGCUACUGGAUAAAGAUCAGUCAGGUUGGCGAAUGAUAGGAGGGACUUCUAGGAGGGAAACUGACUCAUAUGAUAUAAUUUAUAAGUGACUGACAAUACAGUUGAAAACUUGAAAGUUGAAGUUGAAAGUUAACUGUAUCAAUAAAUAAUCUAGAUGCUGAAAGCUGAA